AUGACCAAGUUCAUAUCAAGUGCGGAAACGAGAUUUCAGAACCAAGAGGCAUCGAUCAAGAACUUGAAGACUCAAGUGGGUCAGUUGGCACUGAUGAUAUCUUUUAGAGUCCAAGGUACCUUACCCAGCAAUACCAAAGCAAAUCCAAGAGAACAGGUGCAAACCAUUACCUUGAGGAGUGGUAAGGAGCUGCAAGAGGUGGAGAAGAAAGCAAAGGAAGAAGGUAAGAUGGGUGCAACCCUAGAAACCGAAAAGAAAGAGGAAGAGCAAUUUGAUUUAAUGAAGGAGACAAGUCAACAACCACAAGUACCAUUUCUCAAUAGGCUUAAGCAACACAAAAUGGAAAAGGAAUUCGGUAAGUUUCUUGAAAUUUUCAAGAGUUUGCAUAUUAACAUUCCUUUUGGAAAUGCCUUAGCCCAGAUGCCGCACUAUGCAAAGUUCCUGAAGGAAAUCUUGGCGAACAAAAGGAAAUUGGGAGAUGUGGCUACAGUUGCAUUGAAUGAAGAGUGCUCAGCAAUCUUCCUCAACAAGCUGCCUCAAAAACUGAAAGAUCCAGUGAGUUUUACUAUUCCUUGCACUAUAGGAAGUUUAAAAAUUAAUAAGGCAUUGCAUGAUUUAGGAGCUAGUAUAAAUCUGAUGCCCUAUUCGGUUUUUAAGAAAUUAGGGUUGAGUGAACCCCAACCCACUAGAGUUGCAUUGCAAUUAGUUAAUAGGUCCACCAAGCAUCCUAGGAGAAUCAUAGAAGAUAUGCUUGUUAAGGUUGACAAAUUCAUUUUUCCAGUAGAUUUCAUAGUAUUAGACAUGCAAGAGGACGUUGAUGUCCCUCUCAUCCUAGGGCGACCCAUCCUAGCUACGGGAAAGGCAAUGAUUGAUGUCCAACAAGGGCAACUCAGCCUUAGGAUUCAAGAUGAGGAAGUGAUUUUUAAAAUGUAUGAUGCUAUGAAACAUGCACCUUCUAGUGAUGAUUCAUGUUAUAUGAUAUAUGUCAUUGACUAUGCGAUUGGUGGGUGUUUUCAGGUUAACAGGUUGGGAGACCCCCUUGAGCUAUGCAUACAAGAAGGAGAAGCCAUAAUGGGAGAAAAUGAAGAAAUGCAAAGCAUGAUAGCGUACCUGAAUGCCAAUCCGCAGUUCCAAGGGAAAGGGGUUCAUCAAGUUGGAGAGCUUGGAUAG